AUGUUUGUCUGCCAGAGGUCAGACUCCAGCUGGUCUCUGCAAUGUUACCCCAAGCAGGGAACCCAGAGCAUCGCCAGCAGCAGUCCCAAGGGAGAUCCCAACAGCAGUGGUAAGGCCCAGGGGGCAGCUGCUUUCACUGAUAAACCCAGCAAAAAGCCAGAGCAGGAGGCACUAACGGUCUGUGAGAUGCCAGCAAUCACCCUGCACAGCAAGAGGCGCCCGUCCCAGAUUCCAAUACACCUUCCUGGCCCACUGCUGAGAUGCUUCAUGAGUGCCUCCUCCAUGGCUUUCCGUGGGAGCGGAGAGACUAUCAGCAUUUUGAUGCAGCUCAUGGAGAAAGGAAAAGGGGAAAAUCAAACGGCCGUCAUAGAAUUCAUUCUCUUGGGGUUCGGGGAUCUCCCUGAACUGGAGACCCUUCUCUUCCUGGGUUUCCUAGUGAUCUACAUUGUGACCAUGGCUGGGAACAUCCUCAUCGUUGCACUAGUUGUGACUCAUCAGCACCUUCACACCCCCAUGUACUGCUUCCUAGGGAACUUGUCCUGCUUGGAGACCUGGUACACUUCCACCAUCCUGCCCAGGGUGCUGGCCAGUCUCCUGACUGGGGACAGAACCAUUUCUGUGGAGGGCUGCAUCACACAAUUUCAUUUCUUUGGGUCUCUGGUAACAACAGAGUGUUAUCUCCUGGCAGCCAUGUCUUAUGAUCGGUAUUUAGCCAUAUGCAAACCGCUGCACUAUGGAACCUGUAUGAACGGCAGUCUGUGCAUUCAGCUAGCAGCUGGGUCUUGGAUUAGUGGAUUUCUAAUUUGUACAAUAGUCACAUGUGUUAUGUCACAGCUAAUUUUCUGUGGCCCCAAUGAAAUUGACCAUUUCUUUUGUGAUUUCACCUCAUUGCUUCAACUCUCCUGCAGUGACACCAGCCAGAUCACACCAGUUAUUUAUAUAUUUUCCUUCCUAGAUGCAGUUUCCCCUUUUCUAUUAACCCUGACAUCCUACAUUUGUAUCUUUGCAACCAUCCUGCGAAUCCCGUCCACCACCGGGAGGCAAAAGGCUUUUUCCACCUGCUCCUCUCACCUCAUUGUGGUGGCACUUUUCUAUGGGACCAUCAUGAUUGUCUACAUGAUACCGAAAUCCGGCACCCUGAGAGCCCUGAACAAAGUGUUCUCUGUCUGCUACACAGUCCUGACACCCCUGGCCAAUCCGCUCAUCUACAGCCUGAGAAACAGAGAGGUCAAGGAGGCCCUGAGAAAUGCUGUCAAGAGAGCUGUGACCCUUACAAAGAAUCCAAACUAA